UAUAAUUCCCCCUCCAAAUUUCCAUCUCUCUAGGAUUCAGAAUUGAGAUGAUCCCGGUAAUGCAGGUUAUAUAAACCAAGGCGCUUCAAAAUUUUCAACCGCCAGCGAUUUUGUCAAAUGUCCAACCCAGCCUCACUCGCGCAGCAAAUUUCCCUCUUCCGCUCUCGAAUUCACAACCGAAGUUUUGAUGAUGUAACCGUUCGAAUUUUGGAUUCGGUUCUGGUAUCGAAAGAUGUACGGUCACUGAUUGGAGUUGGAUCUGCUCUGAAACAGUUCAUGAGAGAUGAAUCGCUUCUCAUUUUCCGAGAAAUCGCCGAUGAAUCUGUUGAGAUUAAGCUUAUGUGUACUGAAUUUCUGAUUCGUGUUUUUGCUGUGAUUGGUGAUGUGGAGAGUUGCUUGGCCUUGAGAUACGAGGCACUGGUUAUGAGAAACGAAAAGACGACAACUAACCCCGGGCUUCGAGUUACGUGUAAAGAAUGGCUCACCUUCGUCGAGCAUUCACUUGAAAAUGGAUUCCAUUCCAUUGCAAUUCAGGCAUGUGAAAAGGCACUUACGCCCUCCAAGGAAAACCGUGCGGCUCAUCCCAAACAUGAUAAUUUCUUCCACGACGUCAUUGCUCUCAAGAAAAUCAAGAUAUUAAAGGAUGCCGCUCUACUCACAAUUUCUUCACGUUCUGUCCAGGCACAGGCCGAAGCAUACCUGAAGCAAAAAAACGUUACGGAGAGUACUCAAAAGUUAGUCCCCUCUAUUGAACCAAAAAGUUCAGGAAGUUCUCGGUUUAGGAGUGGGAUCGUGAAGCGUAAUUUGCGAAAAUUGCAUGACUAUCAAUGUCUACCACAGUUGUCCUGAUGAAGGCAAGAGUUUGACUUAUGUCCACUUUUUACCACUAAUUAGCUAAUCAACUCAUCUAACGGACAUGAAAAUUCGCCAUCGUGUGAUAAGUUGUUCUCUUAAGCAGA